AUGGCAAGGCCCCUACGAGAUAAUGGAAAAAUUGAGCAAAGUGAAUUACAAGGUCAGACAACCAGGAAGGCAAAAGCCCAAACAGAUUUGUCACCAGCUCAGUCUGAUUGCAUGAUUCCUGAGGUUGGAAUAGCAGUUACCUUGUCAAAGCCCCAACAACAGGAGGUUAAGGAGUUUGUGCUUCGCAACAAAGAGGUUUUCUCUGAGCUGCCAGGACAAACGUUUGGGGUAGAGCAUGAUAUUAUCAGCCCGCCCGGAGAAAGGGUGAAGCUAAAACCCUAUUGCAUCCCAGAGGCCCAACAGGAGGCAAUACGUGAGGAAGUACAGAGAAUGCUUAAGUUAGGGGUGAUAGAGGAAUCCCAAAGUGAUUGGUCCAGUCCCAUAGUCUUAGUGCCUAAACCGGAUGGGAGCUGGCGAUUUUGUAACGAUUUUCGACAGCUGAACAAAGUUACAAAAUUUGACACCUACCCCAUGCCACAUAUAGAUGAGUUGAUCGAACGGCAGGGAACAGCCCGAUACAUGACAACUCUUGAUCUCACCAAAGGGUAUUGGCAAAUUCCCCUUGCCGAAUCGGCCAAGGAGGAGACCACGUUUGUAACCACAGAUGGGGCGUUUCAAUAUAAAAGAAUGCCGUUUGGGUUACAAAAUGCACCGGCAACAUUCCAGCGGAAAAUGGACCAGAUUCUGAGGCCCCAUCAGAAGUAUGCUGCAGCUUUCCUGGAUGAUCUGUCCCGCUAUGUAAAAGAAGUCCAGUACAAGGAUCAGAAUGGCGAGGUCAUGAUUUUUAAUGAUAAAGGAGAACUACCCAGACCACUGGACAUUGUAAAUUGGAUUACAAGAAUUAAAGGUAGAAAUAUCACUGAUUGGAUGCAUGUGGGUCACUUUGAUGGGUCCCUUUCAGAGGGUCAGCAACUUACACUAGAAACAGAGCAAAUAUCAUGGAAAGGAGACAAGGUCCCAAGAGGUCAAUGCUCCGAGGAAUGUCUUCCGGGGUUCAGAAAAUCUGUAAGAGAAGGAUAUCACCCAUGUUGUUAUAAUUGUGCUCCGUGUUCAGAAGGAGAAAUAUCAAACCAACCUGACAGUGAACUCUGCAAGAAGUGUCCUGAAAAUGAAUGGCCUAACAAAGCUAAAACUAUUUGUAGUGACAAGGUCAUAGAGUAUUUAUCAUACGAGGAGGACAUUCUAGUUUUAUUUUUUUCUAUAACUUCAGUCAUAUUUGCUACAACAUCUCUCCUUAUACUUGGACUAUUUGUUUGGUUUCGGAGCACUCCCAUAGUCAGAGCCAAUAACCGGAACCUCAGCUUCAUUCUGCUCCUCUCCCUCAUACUGAGCUUCCUUUCUGUAUUCCUGUUCCUUGGCCGUCCUGUGGAUAUUACCUGUAUGCUGCAACAAGUCACUUUUGGAGUUCCCUUCACCAUCUCAGCAUCUUCUAUCCUCGCCAAAACCAUCAUGGUCUUCAUUGCUUUUAAAGCCACCAGACCUGGAAGCUCUUGUAGAAAAUGGGUGGGAGUCAAACUUCCCAAUACAGUCAUGUUAUUCUGCUCAUCCAUUCAGGUUAUGAAUUGCAUUCUCUGGUUGUCCAUCUCUCCACCAUUUCAGGAGUAUGACAUGGACUCCUAUCCUGGGAAGAUCAUCAUUCAGUGUAAUGAAGGGUCAGUUAUCGGCUUCUACUCUAUGUUGGGUUAUAUGGGGUUUCUGGCAGCUGUGAGUUUUCUUCUGGCUUUCAUGGUGAGGACAUUACCGGACAGUUUUAAUGAGGCCAAGUACAUCACCUUCAGCAUGCUGGUGUUCUGCAGUGUCUGGAUUGCCAUGAUCCCAGCCUAUCUGAGCACCAGAGGGAAAUACAUGGUGGCUGUGGAGAUAUUCGCCAUACUGACCUCCAGUGCUGGAAUAUUAUUGUGUAUGUUUUCUCCAAAACUCUACAUUUUACUUUUCAAACCUGAACUGAACACAAGAGGGACAAUGCUGGGGAAGAGAAUGAUGGAAAUGUAACACAUUGAUUCAAUGUAUAAUGCUGUAGAUCAGAUUAAACAAAUUCAGUCAUA